GCUUCAGGAAAACGGUGGAUGCACGGUCCGUCUGCGUGUCCCGUACUCCACACUCUAAACAUCCCAAUCAAUCAAUCCUCAGCCGGGCUGUCCACUUCUCUUCACAGCCCCGGCAACCUCAUCACCGCCGUCCAUUUAGAUUACCAACCAACAAUCCACCACGUCGCAGACGAUCGUAACAUCAAUUUUUGUGAUUUAUUUUUUAUAUUUUUAAAAACUCAAGAACGACGGGAGAAACAGAGAGACUGGUUGGUAGCUAUCGCUCCUCUCCUCUGUUGUCUUUCUCAAGGUACGAUCUUGUUCGCCGUUUUCUCUCGCAAGAAGCAGCAAUUAUUUUUAUCAAAUUUCAUGUUUUAGGCCGUUUCAAUUAUCACUAAAUCAUACUUCUAGCUUCGACUUCCCAAUCAUCUUUCUAUUUUCUUUACUCGAUUGCAAGUAAUCACUAUUUUUGAAUUCUAGGGUUUUGUUUUUUUUUUUAUAUUUUCUAUAAUAAGAGAAGAGGAUAGAGAUCAAAAUUAAUUAUCAGAACGAUUAGGUUUGGUUUUUCUUGUUUUCAAUUGUGAAAUUACCAAUGGUGGACCGCGAAAUGGAGGUGUGCUUAAUCUCUUGGUAGUAGUGAUUGGUGGUGAGAAAUGACGAGCGCCGGUGAGGAAGACGCCGAUGCCGUGUUGAGCGAUGUGGAAGGUGACGAUCCGGUGCCUGUGCCGAUCGUCAUCAAGAAUCCGUCUCAGGAGGAUGUAUCCGUGGAGAGAUUUCGAGAGCUUCUUGCCGAGGUGGAUCGAGAGCGGCAAGCUCGGGAGGCAGCGGAGAAUUCGAAAUCGGAAUUGCUAGUGGCCUUUAAUCGGUUAAAGAGUCUUGCUCAUGAGGCAAUUAAGAAGCGAGAUGAGAGCACGAGGCAACGGGAUGAGGCAUUGCGUGAAAAGGAAGAAGUUUUGAGAUCAAAUGAUAAAGUUUCGGGGGAAUUGGCGGAAGCAAUCAAAUUGAAAGAUGAGGUUCUGAAGCAGAGGGAUGAGAUUGCUAAGCAAUUGGAUGAGGCGGUGAAGGCAAGGGAAGCCUCGCGAUCUGAGAUUGAAACUUCAGCACAAAUGCUUGUGACUGGAAUUGAGAAGAUUUCAGGAAAGGUGAGUAAUUUCAAGAAUUUCACAGCAGGGGGAUUGCCAAGGUCUCAGAAGUACACUGGAUUGCCUGCCAUUGCUUAUGGAGUUAUUAAGAGGACAAAUGAAAUAGUUGAAGAACUUGUUAGACAGAUGGAUGCAACAACUAAGUCCAGGAAUGAUGCUCGUGAACAGAUGGAGCAUAGAAAUUAUGAGAUUGCUAUUGAAGUGUCUCAGCUUGAAGCAACCAUUAGUGGGCUGAGAGAAGAAGUUUCGAAGAAAACUUCUGUUGUUGAGAAUGUGGAGAAAUCUAUGGCUGAGAAGGAUGCAAAGAUAUCAGAUAUGGAAAGAGAGAUGUCAGAGAAGAUUCAACUGGCAGAAAAUGAAAUGUCUGAACUUAAACAAAUAGUCAGUGAGUAUGAUCUUAAGUUGGGGAAUUUGGAAUCAAUAAUGGAGUCACAGAGGCAUCUAUUGUUUGACCAGUUAAAUUUGGUAUCCAAAAUUCAUGACCGAAUUUAUGAUGUCAUCAGGAUUGUUGAUGACAAUAAAUUGGAUCAGUCAGAGGUCUCUGAGUCUUUGUUUCUUCCACAAGCAACGGACAUGGAGGAGAACAUCCGUGCUUCUUUAGCAGGCAUGGAAUCUAUUUAUGAGUUAACCAGAAUUGUUGGAGAAAAAAUAAGGAAUUUAAUGGAGGAUCAGAGUCGUGAAGCAAAGAGUUUAAAUGAAACGGUGACCCGAUUAGUUAAGGAGAAAGAACAAAUCGGAUCUUUCCUGAGAAGUGCUUUGUCAAGAAGGAUGGCAUUAGAUCCAUCAUCCAAAAUGAAAGAGUUGUUUCAAGUUGCAGAAAAUGGUUUAAGAGAGGCUGGGAUAGAAUUCAAAUUUAGCAAUCUUCUUGAGGAUGGGAAGGUUAUGGCGUCUCAUGAUAAAGCUGGUGUUUUGGAAACAGAGGAGGAUGAACUAUACAAUAUGACUGGUGCUUUGGAGCAUAUUGUUAAGGCAUCUCAGCUUGAGAUCAUUGAACUGCAGCAUUCAGUAGAUGAAUUAAGGGCAGAGUCAAGUUUACUUAAAGAGCAUAUGGAGGCUCAAGCUAAGGAGCUCAACCAUAGGCAGCGUCGCAUAGAGGAACUUGAAGAGAAGGAAAGAGUGGCAAAUGAAAGUGUUGAAGGGCUUAUGAUGGAUAUUGCUGCUGCUGAAGAAGAAAUUACAAGAUGGAAAGUGGCAGCAGAACAAGAAGCUGCAGCAGGCAGAGCUGUCGAACAAGAAUUUGUGUCUCAGUUAUCAGCGAUUCGUCAGGAACUCAAAGAGGCAAAGCAAGCUGUGAUGGAGUCGGAGAAAAAGCUCAAAUUCAAAGAAGAGACAGCAGCUGCUGCCAUGGAAGCUAGAGAUGCUGCUGAGAAAUCAUUGAGAUUGGCAGACUUGCGGGCAUCUAGGUUAAGGGAUAGGGUGGAGGAGCUGACUCAUCAGCUUGAGGAGUCUGAUACCAGGGAAGACUCAAGGAGGAGUCGAAAUGGGCCAAGAUAUGUAUGCUGGCCUUGGGAAUGGCUCGGGCUGAACUUUGUAGGUUUACACCAGCCUGACACAAACCAACAGAAUUCAAAUGAAAUGGAGCUUUCCGAACCUCUUCUCUGAACUUGUCAGGCAAUGUCAUCCGAAAUGGCGCUGAGUUAGAGUAGAAGGUGAGACUCCUGAGACAAUGAGACUGGGACUUGGCUUGCAUUGUGUGUGAGUUUAGAUACCCCACUUCCUAUCAACACAAGGACAACAUUGGACAAGAAGCAUUUGCUGAUCUGAGAAUAACCGGCUGAAACUAGACAGGAUUCUCAACAAUUACUUAUAUGGGCUGAAAUUGCAUGUUUUGCCUAAAAAUUAAGUCCAUUGAUCCAUCAAUUAAGCAUACGAUCUUUUGAGUGGUGUGACAUUCCUAGAUGGCCAAGGACCCAACCGUGGAUCAACAAGUUCCUUGAGUGAUCAGGUGACCCGGCUGCUGAAGAUGCAACUUUUGUUUUGCGCCCUUUUUUCUCUGCAGAAAGUAAGGCGCCUUUUUAAUAUAUAUAUAUAUAUUUUUUUUAACUCAUUUUAUCAUACUAUAGGCUUAAGAACUAAUUCUUUAUGAGAUGACGCUCAAUUUAAUAUUAUUUGUAUUUAAACCUUUAUAUGGGCACAAGGUUUAAGAACUACUUUUCUACA